AUGUCGCUGAAACAGCCUGUCACGCAGGUGCGCCUGACAAACGUGGCGGUGGUGCGCCUGCGGCAACACGGCCACCGGUUCGAGGUCGCCUGCUACAAAAACAAAGUCCUCAACUGGAGAGCAGGCAUUGAGGACGACUUGCAAGAGGUGCUGCAAACCAAUGCUGUUUUCCACAACGUAUCCAAGGGCGAGUUCGCGAAGCGCGACGCCCUCCUGGCUGUGUUCAACACGGCGGAUCAGGAGAAGAUUUGCAGAAUCAUUCUCGACAAAGGGGAGUUGCAGAUUUCGGAGAAGGAGCGUCAAGCGGCGCUCGCCGCGGCGUUCCAGGAUGUGAUUACGCUGGUCAUUGAGAUGACAGUCAACGUGCGCACGGGGCUCCCGCUGACGCGCACAGCGUGUGCCUCGGCGCUGAAGCAAGUUGGGUUCGGAGUGAAGCUCGGCGUGGCAUCGAAAGCGCAGGCCCUCAAGGCGGUCGCGUUGCUCCAGCGGAAGCUCGGCGCAAACGCCAUCGCUCGCCGCAUGAUGCGCCUGAAGGCCGAGUGUGGAGCCUCGCAUCGCGACGAAGUCCGCAAGUUCAUCGAGCAGUGCGGAGGCGUCGUGGAGCUUGAGGCCCUCCUCGGAGAUGCGCCCGACGCGGAGGCACAGGGGAAAGGAGACAGAGAUUGCAAGCCGGGUACCGCGAGGGCGGCCGCCCAGCACGCGGUGUACAGCGUGACCUUCCUGAACCCCGCGAGCUACUACCGCGACUUCGACACGCUUCUCCAGUCGCUCCGCGGCAGCCUUUUUCUCCUCGCGGCGAACUGCAUCCAAGGGUGCCUAAGUUCAGCUACAGAAUCAGUCGACGCGGAGCUUCCGGUGGAGGAGCACGCGACCGCCGGCCGAAGUGCCAGGCGCGCGCCGGCGGGCGAGAGUCCCUUGGCAGAUGACAUCCCUGACAUCUUGUGCGAGGGCGCGUCUCAGAAAAGGAGAGAAAAGCACAAGAAGAAGAACGAGGGACGACGCGCGCGACGCGGCAGUGUGUUGAGCGACGACGGACUCAGCGGCGCGGGCCUGUCCUUCCGAGAGAUGCCUGAGGCCGCUGCAGCCGGAGGGACGGGGAAGAAGAAGAGAGAGGGGCGCCGAAAACUGAGACACGGCCGGAGGUUCGCGGGAAUCUGCAGCUUCGAUAACGACUCGCCGCUCAGCAGCUUGUCCGCAGUCAGCCGCCGCGAUGUCGCCCCAUCGUCUCCAGAGGAGUUUGAAGCUGCGGCCAUGGCGUGGCUCCGCCGAGACGCUGUGCCGCUUCCUCGUGAGGCCGGCGGAGAAGCCGCCCUAGGCGCCUUGGAUUCCGCCUCAGAGGCCACCGAUGAAGAGCCGACCGAAGACGCGUUCCACAGGGCGCGCGCGGCAGCCCAAAGGAGCAAGAAAGAGAGGAAGCGACGAGGCAGAGAGAACCGACGGCGCGAUGAGUGGGACAGCGAGGAAGACGACAUGUCCAAGCUGAACGCAGGCCGUCUUUCUUCCCGUCCUUCACACACAGGCUCUGAGAGUCACUCCUCUGAGAGGCGGCCGCGCGCCGGCGGCGACCGCGACCUUCUCGCCGUUGCUCCGCGCGCAGAGGGAGCCACAGAAGCUCUUCCGGAUGCUGCAGAAACCAUGUCAGAACGAGCGCACGUCGCAGCGCGAGGGUCGGAGAAGGCGGGUGCGUUCUCGUGUCGGACGUGUCAAAUGGGAUUUGAAGGCGCCGCGGAGCACAGACAGCACUGUAAGUCCAGUCUGCAUGCGAUGAACCUGAAGAGAAGAAUCAAAAACCUGCCGCCCCUCACGGAAGAAGGGUGGCAAGAAGCUCAGCUCGAUGAACAGCUCGUGCAAAGUCUUGAAGGGCUUGUGCUGCCAGAGUACUGA